AUGGUGCCCGGAGGCGCCGAGAAGGAGGUGCAGUCCGUCCCGCAGGUUUUCAAACAAAAGACUAUUACCAGUUGGAUGGACACUAAAGGAAUCAAGACAGCUGAAUCAGAAAGUUUGCAUAGUAAAGAAAACAACAAUACAAGAGUAGAAUCCAUGAUGAGUUCUGUACAAAAAGAUAACUUUUAUCAACAUAACAUGGAAAAAUUAGAAAAUGUUUCUCAGCUAAGUAUUGAUAAAUCACCAGUUGAAAACAGUACACAGUAUUUGAACCAGCAGCAGACUGCAGCUAUGUGUCAGUGGCAGAAUGAAGGGAAACAUACUGAGCAACUUCUGGAAGGUGAACCUCCAACAGUAACUCUGGUAUCAGAACAGUUCAGUAAUGCUAACGUUGAUCAGUCACCUCAAAAUGAUGAUUACAGUGACACAUAUUGUGAGGAAAGUAGAGACAAUCAACAGUUUUUUAUACCUGUAAAGCUUGCAAAUGCAAAGCAGACUACAGAAGAUGAGCAGGCCAGAGAAGCCAGAAGCCUUCAGAGGUGCGGAAAGUCUUGCCACCUUGUGGAGGACUGUGCAGGUUGUCAACAGGGAGAGAGAGAUGUAGUGCCAGAGAGUCCCUUGUCAGACAUUGGCUCAGAGGAUGUCAGUACUGGACUGAAAAACGCCAACAAAUUGAGUAGGCAGGAAAGUAACCUAGGGAAUUCUCCUCCAUUUGAGAAAGAAAGUGAACUCGAGUCACCAAUGGAUGUAGAUAAUUCCAAAAAUAGUUGUCAGGACUCGGAAGCAGAUGAAGAAACGAGUCCAGGAUUUGAUGAACAAGAAGAUAGCAGUUCCACCCAAAGAGCAAAUAAACCUUCAAAGUUCCAAGCCAAAGAAGCUGACUCUGAAUUGAAGAAACAGUCAUCCGCUAAGGGAGGUGAAAUUCGAUUACAUUUCCAGUUUGAAGGAGAGAGUUGUGCUGGAAUGAAUGAUUUAAGUGCCAGACUACCUGGAAGCACUUCUAGCAUGAAUGUAGAAUGCAGAAAUUCCAAGCAACAUGGGAAAAAGGGUUCUAAAAUCACAGAUCAUUUCAUGAGAAUGCCCAAAGCAGAGGACAAAAGAAAAGAACAAUGUGAAAUCAAACAUCAAAAGACAGACAGGAGGAUCCCUAAAUACGUUCCGCCUCACCUUUCUCCAGAUAAGAAAUGGCUUGGAACUCCCAUUGAGGAGAUGCGAAGAAUGCCUAAGUGUGGGACCCAACUGCCUCUCCUGCGACCAUCUGCCAAUCACACAGUAACUGUCCGGGUAGAUCUUUUGCGGGCAGGAGAAGUUCCUAAACCUUUUCCAACACAUUUUAAAGAUUUGUGGGACAAUAAGCAUGUAAAGAUGCCUUGUUCAGAACAAAACUUGUACCCUGUGGAAGAUGAGAAUGGUGAGCGAACUGCAGGGAGCAGGUGGGAGCUCAUUCAGACUGCACUUCUCAACAAGUUCACACGGCCCCAAAACCUGAAGGAUGCUAUUCUGAAAUACAAUGUGGCAUAUUCUAAGAAAUGGGACUUUACAGCUUUGGUUGAUUUCUGGGAUAAGGUACUUGAAGAAGCAGAAGCCCAACACUUAUAUCAGUCCAUUUUGCCCGAUAUGGUGAAAAUUGCACUGUGUCUGCCAAAUAUUUGCACCCAGCCAAUACCACUCCUGAAACAAAAGAUGAAUCAUUCCAUCACAAUGUCGCAGGAGCAGAUUGCCAGUCUUUUAGCUAAUGCAUUCUUCUGCACAUUUCCACGUCGAAAUGCUAAAAUGAAAUCGGAGUAUUCCAGUUACCCAGACAUUAACUUCAAUCGGUUGUUUGAAGGACGUUCCUCAAGAAAACCAGAGAAGCUUAAAACGCUCUUCUGCUACUUUAGAAGAGUCACAGAGAAAAAACCUACUGGAUUGGUGACAUUUACAAGACAGAGUCUUGAAGAUUUUCCAGAGUGGGAAAGGUGUGAAAAACCUCUGACUCGACUGCAUGUCACUUAUGAAGGUACCAUAGAAGGAAAUGGUCAAGGCAUGCUACAGGUGGAUUUUGCAAACCGUUUUGUUGGAGGUGGUGUGACCAGUGCAGGACUUGUACAAGAAGAAAUCCGCUUUUUAAUCAACCCCGAGCUGAUUGUUUCCCGGCUCUUCACUGAGGUGCUGGAUCACAAUGAAUGUCUUAUCAUCACAGGUACUGAACAGUACAGUGAAUACACAGGCUAUGCUGAAACUUACCGCUGGGCCCGGAGCCAUGAAGAUGGGAAUGAAAGGGACGACUGGCAGCGGCGCAGCACUGAGAUUGUCGCCAUCGAUGCCCUCCACUUCAGACGCCACCUCGACCAGUUUGUGCCUGAGAAAAUCAGACGUGAGCUUAACAAGGCUUACUGUGGAUUUGUCCGUCCAGGAGUUUCUUCAGAGAACCUUUCUGCAGUGGCCACGGGGAACUGGGGCUGCGGUGCCUUCGGGGGCGAUGCUAGACUAAAAGCCGUGAUACAGAUCCUGGCAGCUGCUGCAGCUGAGCGGGAUGUGGUUUAUUUCACCUUCGGGGACGCGGAGUUGAUGAGAGACAUUUACAGCAUGCACACUUUUCUUACCGAAAGGAAACUGACUGUCGGAGAAGUAUAUAAGCUGUUGCUACGCUAUUACAAUGAGGAAUGUAGGAACUGUUCCAGCCCCGGGCCAGACAUGAAGCUUUACCCGUUCAUAUACCAGGCCGCCGAGUCCUGCGCAGAGACCACCAGCCAGCCCGGACAGAGGACGGGGGCCUGA